CGGAAGCUUCUCCCUUUCUCUCGCUCCCUGGGCUCUCUCGUACAGGCUCCUUGGUGAUACGAUGCUUCCUCCUUUUGAUUACUUUACAUACCGUCGCGUCCGGGACCUCAAGAGAAGGGAACGGGCGGCACGAUUCGCUUCGCUUUCUCCGGAUUAUCAUGCUCCUUUCUCGGCAAUUGAUAGGGCUAUCAUCAACAAACCCAUCGAGGACUUGGUCUACGAGGUCCAGAAUGACUCCCUGGCGCCCAUCGAUGUCCUCCGCACCUACGGCAAGGUGGCGGUCAAGGCUCACGAGAAGACCAACUGCGUGACUGAGCUUCUCCUUCCCGAGGCCGAAUCAUGGGUCCAAUCGGAAGUCAAUCUUAAAGGGCCCCUUGCGGGUGUGCCCAUCUCCCUGAAAGACUCCGUGCAAGUCAAAGGCUUCGACAUCACUUUGGGGUACACUAAGCUUGCGUGUAAGCCGUACACGGAGGAUGGCCCUAUGGCAAGGCUACUGAAGGAUGCCGGCGCGGUUCCAUAUGCGAAGACAGCGCUGCCCGUUACACUUCUGUCAUUCGAGUCGGCAAACGCGCUUUGGGGACAUUGCCGCAACCCGCACGUUCCGGAAUACUCUCCUGGUGGUUCGACUGGUGGCGAAGGUGCUCUCCUGGCUCUUGGCGGUCGCAUUGGUAUCGGGUCUGAUGUCGCCGGCUCGGUUCGUGUCCCCGCUGCUUGGAGUGGUAUCUACUCCCUGCGCUGCAGCACAGGCCGUUGGCCAAAGGUUGGAGUCAACACCAGCAUGGCUGGCCAAGAGGGUGUUGCCAGUGUCUUCAGCCCUAUGGCCCGUACAUUGAACGAUCUCACCUACUUCACCAAAGCCAUUGUUGGUAUGCAGCCUUGGAAGUACGACCACACUGUCCAUCCGAUCUCUUGGAGGGAGGAAGAGGAGGUCGAAGCCAAAAGUAGGCCCCUGAGGAUCGGGCUCAUGACUAAUGAUGGUGUCGUUCCCCCCACUCCGGCCAUUGAACGUGCUAUCUCCACCACGGUGGCUGCCCUCACUGCCGCUGGACACACGGUGUCUGAGAUCACACCCCCCGCCACAGCUGACACGUUCACUGGUCUCAACCUUGCCUCCCAGCUGCUUAACUCUGACGGCUGCGUCACGUUUAACUCUCACCUCCACAGCUUCGAGCCUUCCGACCCCGGCGCAGACCAGCUGACCCGGAUCUCCAAUCUCCCGCGUCCCCUGCGCUAUCUCUACUACCUUUGGGUGCGGUACAUCCGCCGCGACGUCAAGUGGGCGACUCUGAUCCGCGGCUUUGGACCCAAGUCUGCAGCCGAGCUCUGGAAGCUGACCGCGCAGCGCGAAGCCUUCCGGGCCACCUGGCACAGCUGGUGGGAUGCCGAAGCACAGCAGUAUGACUUCAUUCUGUGCCCCGUCAACGCGACCCCGGCCCUCCCCCACAAGGCCAUGCAUGACGCGGUGUCAUCGUGCGGCUACACAUUCCUUUGGAACUUGCUGGAUUACACGGCGGGUGUCCUGCCUGUGUCCCACGUGGACGCUAAAAAGGAUGCGCUGUCGGGCCCGUACAAGAAGGUGCUGAAGCAGCUCGGGGCCAGUAACGCCAUCGCACAAGGCGCCUGGAAGCAUUACGACGCAGUCAAGAUGGCGGGUCUGCCGACGGCGGUGCAGGUGGUGGGACGGAGAUGGCAGGAGGAGAAGGUGCUCGGGUACAUGGCGGCGGUGGAGGACGCAUUGGAGCAGUACCAGGACCCGGUGACUGGCGAGGGAGGAAAAUACCCAUUAAUUGAGCUUGACUAGUGUGCCCAGGAUUUAAUGAAACGAAGUGCGUUACGUUAC